AUGAAUAUUGAUUGGACCAAACUUUUCUCGUGUUCGAACGACACUGAGUUCCAAUAUCCCUCCACGCUACCCGUCGAUAGCUGUGGUUGUACCAUCAUCGUCCUGGAAGCAAGGAGCCGCCAGGACAGCACAAGGGCCGCUGCGGCAGUAUGCAAGAAGCGACUCCGCUCAGGUCGAGACACUGGCAACCACCAAGAUAGAAAGACUACCUUCUAUGACACAGAACAGCCGUGUCAAAAGAAGAAGAAAGGGAGACCUCCAAUCAGGCCACUUUCCGAUCCUUCGGACUCUUCCGUUCCCGUUUCAUCUCAUUGCUCUGGUGCCAUCCAGGGUGUACGUGGGAGUGCUAUCCUCACGAUCGAUACUAAAUCUGGUUUGAAAUCGGCAUAUUUCUUUACUUUCGUACCCGACCCUAGCCCGAUGCUGUCUCGACCCCACACGGCGGUUAUCCCAAGGAAACAAAGACAGUACACUUCGGACGAGAAUGCGCUGCUGGUGCGGCUGAAGGAAGAAGAGGCAAUGUCAUGGUCUGAGAUUACGGCUCACUUCCCAGACCGAAAUAUGUCAUGCCUUUAA